GCUCAGUAACAAGGUUUACAUCAAGACGUAAAGUACUAAUAACUCAAUGUUAAUUAUCGUUAAUACUAAUUUAGUUUAAAAUUUGGAUUUCUUGAUUGGACAUUUCUCAAAGAGGAAUAUCAUUCAUAUUUGUUAUUUGUAUAAUGAGAACGAUAUCAUGAACCAUGUGGGAGAACGCUCUGACGCUGCUGAAUUUGUUCGUCGUGAUACUGGUAUUAGUUUUACAAAUACUCGUCCUAUGCACCCCCCGUCGUACAGGAAUUUGCGGACAUUUGCGUGUUGCUAUGGAGGAAAAGGUUUCACUGACACUAACCCCUGAUGAAGAUUUAUCUGCCUGUCUCUUUGCAUUUUUUAAAGCGAAAUGUGAUUCAAAACAAUUCCAAGACAUAAGUGCUAAAGAAGACAUAAAACAGCAGCUACCUGCGAUAGAUUUUCCUGAUAAAUCUGAUAACAAGUGUAAUGUGUGUGCUAAAGAAAGAGUAUGCAGCUGCAGCUUUCCCCUGUCCGCAUGCGAACAAAAUUCAACUGAAGAUACUAGCAACAAUGACAAUUGUUUGGUGGAUGAAACUGACACUACAGCUAUUGAUAUUGGUAGUGUGGAGAGUGAAACCGAUCAGGGGGAAGAUGAGAAUAUUGACAGUCAAUGCAGCUCCUUUGAUACAAAUGAAGCGAAAUUACAAAGGAAUAUUAAAAGGCAUGACGAGGUUGAGAUAUGCCAUGGGCCAUCAGAGUUUGACUUUGCGGAAGCAAAACAUGAGCAAUCCAACAAUCAUGAUCAGGUUGAUGGAAAAAGUCAAAGGAAUAACAAAGUCAAUAUACCAGGAGAAAGAAGUGUAUCCUUGCAUUUGGACGUACACGCUAACAUUGAUAGAUAUGAUACUGUUUUAUUGAACGAAAAAGUCGAUAAUAAUUCCCAGAAUAACAAUGAAAUGACAAUCCCGAUAUCAUGGAAUGAUAUUCCUGAUGCUGAUUUUGAAGUGAAUAAUGUGUCCUCUGUAAGUCUACACGAGGCUUCAAAAAUACCCGCAAUUCGCGAAUCAUGUGGCAAUGAAUUAGGACAUCGAAAUAACGUAGCAUUUGGACAGAACUCGCCCCUCGAUUCUUCUGCUCAAGACUGUUCCGUUGAAGAAAAUGUUAUGUAUAAAAAUUGCCAUAAUGGAAAAGAAGAUUAUUGUCGCCCUGCUGUAGCUAUUAAUACAACCUGUAACUAUGCAUACGAUACGUGUGAGUUUACUGCUUCUGUAAAUAGCUGUAUUGAAAGAAAUCAAAAUAGUUACAAUGGAACGGAUGAUAAUGCAUUUGUAAGUACUGAUUGUACAAUUGAGAACACUGAUGUAUGUUUUAACAACGUUAAUAACAACGGUGACCAAUACAAAGCUGAAAGAUAUUCAAACUCCAUGACAAAGCAAGAUGAACAUGAUUUCAAAUGCCAGGGUGUGCAAGAACCUUUCAGUGAAAAGGAAUCGAUUGAACCUUAUGAACACAUCAUUUCUAAUGAUACAACAUGUGGAAGCGACAUUAACGACAUGAAUCGUGAUUUAUAUGUCUCUGAAAGCUUGUGUGCGCAAGGCUUAGAUAACACGUGCUCAUCCAAAUGUAAUGUGUUCGAUACAAGAAACAGUGCAUUAGACACCGAUCUGAUUGAGUCUAUUCGUAAGAAGUGUUCUUCUGUUGAACAAGACAAAAACGUUGUUUGUAAUGACUUAAGUCAUCACGGCCCAGAUGCUGCCCAACCUGUUCCAGUCUCUGAAUAUAUCCCCGAGCAAGAUCACAUCGACCCUCAAAUAGAAAGUAUCACUGAAAUUGAAACCGAGACAAAGCUACAACAAUGUCUAGAUGAAGAACUACAAUGCGGAUCAGAGUUCGACCCUUAUGAUUUCGUCGACGAAGUGGACUACCUGACAUCAGACGUUUUCUAUGUGAAAGUUCACAAGCCGUCUCUGAAAAAACUGCAAGUAAAGAUUCUCGGUGAUGCUGAAGAAAAUGCUACGAAAGAAUCUAAAACUGCAGGCAAGGAAAAUGAUAAUCAAGAUUGUAUUACUGUUAUAGAUGGAAAAACUUCGAAUACAAAAACAUCUAACGAAAACGCCGUCAAGAAAAUGGUCAUGGGUGUCAACAGAUGUGUUGUUGAAGCGCCUCAAGAGGCAUCUGGACAUUUUUUUCCUGAUUGUGGUAGUAAAGAUGUCAAGGAACAGAAGGAAACACCAUCCACUUCAGUUUUUCACAACCGGACUAGACAAAGGACUAUUGCAUGUACAGGGCCUUCUUCGCAACAACAACAAAAUAACAGUUACACCUUUGCAAUAUCCUGUAAAACAAACAUGGACUUUAUGCUCAUGGACACCCCGACCCUUAUAAUUCAAAUGUCCUUCCCGAAGACAUCAAUCGCGAGAAAGAAUAAUGUUUAUGCUAUCUGUCGACCAAAGAAACAGUCCAAUCCAAUUAGUGGUCAAGCUCACAUUUGGGCAGACUCUCGUUUCGCUCUUGCGGUGGAUAAGGUGUGGGUAAGCUGUAAAGCUGCAUUUCAGAAACAUCCUAUUACAGUACCAUGGGCUUCUUGUUCGGGUACCAUUGAACUAAAACUCAGCUUCCAGCAACCGCUUAACGAUAGAGGCAUUGAACAUUAUUUAAAGCGACAGCUACAAAAUGUUAACGAAGGGCAUAUGAGUCUACAUGAAGCGAAGAAGUCUGAAGAAGCUGAUACUGUAAUUGUAUUCCCAAGUCAAGAAACAUGCGAUCAAAGCUCCCUACCAAUCCAGAUUAAACCUUCUAUCCGUGGUCAAAGAGAGUCACCCAUCAGUUUGCAGAAGGAACAACCACUGCGUGACAUAUUGAAAACGGAUGUAGAACUUUAUACCCCUGAAAAAGACAGUGAAGGCAGUUUCCUGCUGCACAACUUCCAUCAUGAAAAAGGCAUAACAGAAACAGAUGCAUUUCCUGAUAUACGCUUAAAUCCUGGAGUCCAACUACUUGCGAACGAUGUGGACACCAUGAUUAAGCUUGAAGUAUCGAGCGCAAAACAUAAGCAAAAGGGGUCAAUUCAGAUACGGGAAGACAAUCAUAUGUGUGUGCAUUUACGCCAAGAAGUUGAUGAUGGCUACAACAGUUUUGAGAGUGAAACGGAUGGCGUCACUUAUACAGAUUGCGAUAUUGAAGUCGAUACUGUUCCUGACAUCCAAGUUCAAUUAAAAGAAACGAACAGUUUGCAAAAACUGACACCUGAAUGUUUCCAAUGUCAUCGUGGACCUUAUUCUGACGGCCAAUUUCCUGUCAAGUGCUAUACAAAUCAAGCCUUGAAGUCGGAUUCUUCAACUUGCCAAACCGUCGACGAAGUGGGCUACUUGGCAUCAGACGUUUGUUACAUGGAAGUUCACAAGCCGUCUCUGAAAAAUAUGCAAGUAAAAAUUCUCGGUGAUGCUGAACAGAAUGCUACGAAAGAAUCUAAAACUGAAGACAAGGAAAAUGAUAGUGAAGAUUGUACAACUAUUAUGGAAGGAAACCUUUGUAAUACAACAGCAUCUAAAAAAACUGCCGUCAACAAAGUGUUCAUUGAUGUCAACAGAUGUGAUGUUGAAGCGCCUCAAGAGGCAUCCAGACAAUGGUUUCCUGAUUCCGGUAGCAAAGAUAUCAAGGAACCGAGCGAAACGCUACUCACUUCAGACAUAACCGAAACAGAUGCAAUUCCUGACAAACCCUUAAAUCCUGGAGCCCAACUACUUGCGAACGAUGUGGACACCAUAAUUAAGGUAGGACAACAACGACCCAGCUGUUUGAAUCCGACACUUCCCGACAGGUUAUGUCCGAAAAGCAGGCCAGAACAUUUAGCUAACACUGCUGAGGAGUUGCAUCAGGUCCACGAAACGCAACUAAAGAGUGAAGUUUCGAGCGUAAAACAUAGUCCAGGACGUAAAAUUAAGAUAGGAGAAGACAAUUCUAUGUUCGUCAAUCUACGCCAAGAUGUUGUUGGUGGUUACAGUAGUUUAGAAAGUGAAACGGGAGGCGUCAUACAUACCGAUUGCGAAAUUGAAGUGGAUACUGCUCCUGACGUGCGAGAUAAUGCAAACAUUUUGCAAAUAUUAAGACCUGAAGAUCUCCAGUGUAAUCGUGGAAAUCAUUCAAGCGACCCGUAUCCAAACAGUUGCUAUAACGACCAAGCCUCGGAGUCGGAUUCUACAACUUACGAAAGAGUACUUCUGACGGUAACACGUUGCAGCAACAACUUUCAGUCUCAACAGAAGAUCAAUCUUGUUGUUGUGUCCGACUGUGUGUCACUAAAGGACUCAACCAUUCAAGAUGGGGAGCAAAACACCAUCACCCUAGAUAGGUCCAGCAGCGAUAGUGCGUACAAUAGUAUGGACUCCUUUUCAUCGGAUGGGAACGAACAAUUCUUACAAUAGUUUGCAUGGAGCAACUUAUGUCAGCAACGAUGAUUUUUACAGCAGUAUGGAUUCCAUGCCGUCUAAGAGGAACAAAUUCGAGAGUUUUGAUAUUAAUAGGUACCAAGCAUCUGACGUCAGCAAUAAUGAUUCCGACAGUUGUAUGGAUUCCACGUCAUCUAAGAGGAACAAGGAAUUCGAGAGUUUUAAUAGAAGUAGGUACGAAGGAUCUGACGUCAGCAACAAUGAAUUCUACCACAGUAUGGAUCCCAUGUCAUUUCAGGGGAAUAAACAAUUCGAGAGAUCUAAUACAAGUAGGUACGAAAAAUCUGACGUCACCAAUAAUGAUUCUUACAGAAGUAGGGAUUCCACGUCAUCUGAGAGGAACAAACAAUUCCAGAGUUCUAAUAGACGUAGGUACCAAAGGUCUGACAUCAGCAACAAUGAUUCAUACAAAAGUAUGGAUUCCAUGUCAUCUGAGAGUAACAAACAGUUCGAGAGUCCUAAUAGAAGUAGGUACGAAGCAUCUGACGUCAGCAACAAUGAUUCCGACAGUAGUAUUUAUGGAUCAUCGGACAUCAGCAACAAUAUCUUUUAAUAUAGUCCAUGGCGAAAUUGACACGGAGUGUCACAUUGAAGAUUCAUGCUGUCCAAAUUGCAAGGAUGACGAUGCAGCCGUUGGCAUAAAAUGUAAAAUGAAACCCACUGAAACGAAUGACAAAGAAUGGUAUCAAAAUAUUAGCGAUUGGGAACUCAGCGUUAUAGAAAAAUCCGAAACAUUCAUUAAAUAUAGUGUCCAGGAAAAGAAAAUGGCAGUACAAGCGACACCUGAAUAUAUCAGAAUGCAGUGUUAUCAGAAUCAAAGCAAAAGAACUGAUAUAAGUACAAACUCAACAAGAAACGACAACAUGCACACUUUUAGAGUUGAAGACCAGCCUCAUUUAACAGAUAGCACUGUUUCACAUGCAUUUGGACAAGUUGGAGAAAACACAGAUUUUCGCAUCUGUACUAUACCCGUGCCGCCAACAUUAGAGCAACAAAGAUUUCAUUUGCAAUCUUCAAGGGUUGGGCAUCAGUGUAAUGUUGAAGUUGGCACAGUGUUUGACCCUUUGGAGCGUGAAAAAGAGUAUCGCACCUGCAUUUUAUCGCCAACAUUAGAACCAGCGGUGGGUAAAAAAGAUGACCGCAUCUGUAUUAAAGACGGGAGCCAGAUAGUCUUGUCAAUUGGAGAACAAGACAUGCACAUAUACGAUAUUGAAGAAUGUAUGCGAGAAAGAAAGAAAACGGGUUUGCAAAUAUUGAAAGGAAAUCGUAUUCUACUAGCAGGAUGUUCGAUAAAGCUUUCAAUAAAGGGGAGAUAUGACAUCAUAGCCGUUCAAGUUGGAAAUAGAAACAUAGUACAAGUCAACACUUGACAAAGGAACAUAUAUAUAUAUAUAAUUUCUCCAACGCAACGGCUUUAAAGAUGACAUUUUCAAUAUACCUUCGGUAUUGUUUGAAAAACAACACCCAAAAAAGUUAUAUCAGUUUCAAUGAACUGAAAACUCUUAUUUGAGUUCAACUAAAUUCAGUUUCCAGGAUUUUCCGCUAGAGGAACUUGCGACUUAGGGUACACUUCGAGACUGAUGUCCUUCGAUCUUAAAAUAUUUACAUUAAAUGUGGGUUUGGGUGUCUUCGCCCGUGAACAUAUUGACAAAUAUAAGUUUAAAAUCGUGCAUUUUGAUGUAUUUUAUGUUCUUUCUAUCAUUUUUGCAUCAACAUUUCACUUGGAUAAUUUGACAUGUGUAUAGAGCGUGGGGAGGAGCGUAAUGCACUAGUGGAAAAAGUAGGUAAUUCGUCUGAAUUCUUGUAACUUUGAACACGUAUAUAUAGCUAGUAGUUUUAUGUAUAUUGAUUGAUUAAGUUGGCUAUUUGAAUUUCAUUUUAUAUGUCAAUUAUUAAAAGAAUAGUAUAAGAUGAUUGUAAGAAGUAUAUUGCAUGAUAUCGCUAAGCGUAUCUGAACAAUUGUUAUUAUAAAGAUGAUUGUUAAAACAUAAUAUUAUUUUUUUCAUUUUCAUCAUGUUCACAGUAUAUUGUAAAAAGGCGUCCGGAACAUACAUUACAUGUUGAUUCAAUAUUUAUAAUUGAAUAUGGAAUGAUUUUUUUCAUUUCCAUGUUUUCUCUUGCAUCAGCACUUUACAAUUUUUGACUAAUUACUAGUCGCGAACUAAUUCGAAAAAUUCAAUUAAAAUUGGCAAUUUUUAAAGCAAAAUUCUAAUAGUGUUAGUAAAGCAAUGGCCAAUGACCGUUUGGAAAGCCGGAAAAACAUUUGAUCCCAGUAAACAAGCAGAACGAGGUAAAGAAAAAGGCGCAAUAAUAGAAGGACCUUUUUUAUUCAUCGAUUGGGAACUCAAUAAACCAACCGACUCGACCGAGCAAAUGUCAGUCUAUCCUGGAACAAUUAUGGAUUGGAAUUGAAGAAUGUGCGAUCAAGAUUUUAUAGCAAUAAUAUAUAAUAAAGAUAAUGCUGUAUUAACAUGGACUUGGAUUUCAAAUACUAUACAUGAACAUUUCAAUUUAUAGUUGUGAAUAUUUUAUAUUUAAAUAUGGUAGCAAUUCAUUACAUUUCAGGAAAGAGUGUUGAAUGGCGGGGCAUAUCUGUAUAUUUGAAAAAAAAACAUGAAAUUCAAAACUCAUUAUAAUUGUAUAUAUCGAUGUGGCAUAUUGUAGAAUUUAUUUGUUUCGAUGUCAUUAAUUCCAUUGUACAUAAUCACUUCAUUCAGUUCAAGUAUCUGUAUAAUAUGGAAAAAGGUCCAUACUUUACCAUUCGAGAUUAUAAGUAUCUUCCAUGGCCGAGAGUGUAAGAUAGGUCCAUUCCGACCCGAGCGUAGGGUGUUUUGCGGAAACGAGGUUUACCGAGUUUCCGCAAAACACCCUGCGCGAGGGUCGGGAUGAACCUAUCUUACACGAGCGGCUAUGGUAGAUGCUUUUUCUCCCACCUAAGUCAAACAAAAUAAAGUAAAAAUGUAUUUUUUUACCGGAACUCUUUUGUGCUAAGUAAAAAUAAUUGCGUACGGAUAUGCAAUAAUUCGUGGUUGUCAUGGAUAUUCGCGCAGUGAUUUAGAGUAUGUAAAUGGUCUGACGGUCUUUAAAUAGUUCUAAGAAGAGUGAAGCAUUAUUUCUUGAAAGGUGCGUGAAAACUGUUUUCUGGUGACAUUUGAAGCGAGAAAUAAUUAACUCGUGUUCUAAAUAUUGCGACCAGACAAGGUUUCCAUGAUGCGCUACAGACUUCAACAAGGGAGGUAAUUACAAUGUGGUGACUCUUAAAAGAAGUUCCAUACGGGCAUUUUAUCUUCGACCGUGUGCAAGAUAAGAAUUUUGAGCAUGGUUAAAUUAAUGGAUCUACUUAUCUGAGGUGGGAGAAAAUAUACUUAUGUAUGUAUGAAUUGUAUAUGUAUGCAUUUUGUAUGAUGCUAUGAUGAGCUAUUUAUGCUUGAGUCAAAAAUCAAUAUUCUGUUAUGUUGCUGUUGUGAACAAGUUUAUUUCCCACAUUUUCUGUGGCUAAGAUAUUUUCAUUUAUAUUUUAUUUCUUGUAUUAUGCAUUUUAUCUGUGUUAGAUAAUGUAGAUAUUGAUUCGUUAACAAAAUGGAUCUGGUAUUGACCUUUAAGCUUAGAAUAUUUAAUGCAAUGAGAGGUUUCGGGUCAAAUCAUAUUGUACCUGGCUGAUAUAUAGAACAUAAAUAUAUAAUAUAUGGUAUUCCUGCCAUUGGUCCAGAUGUAAACCACCAUGGUUCUUAAGAUUCAUGUGGGAAAAAGGUUAGUACACACGUGUAAGUUGAAAAGGAAAUGAAAGUCUUCGCAAAGAUAGUACGUGUAACAUAGUUGCUUAUAUUGUUAUAUUAUUUGUUAUUCGGACAUGAUGUUUACUUAUUUUUUUUGAUAAUGUAUCAUGCAUAUUGGUUAAUCAAUAUUUUGGCACGCAGCCAAUUGUACAAAACCACUAAAGUAUUUGUUUUGAGUAAGCCAAAAAAGUUAUUCAGCGGUCAAUGCCAUUAGAAGAAGAUGAUAUUAACAACAAAGCAAAUCAUUUCAAGAUGCACUCUUACUCACAAAUAAGAUUUACCACAACCAAUAGUAUUGUUUUAAUAUUUUAAAAAAGAUGAAUAAAUGUAGAAAACAAUGGUUCUUAUGAAGGAUACAGAGUAUAAUUUGAGAGAAAUGAGCAUAAAACACGGUAUUUCUACAUUAUGAGACUAUAGUAGACCACAGUAAAGUUCUUAGUAUUCACCAAUCAUUUAACAUUUUUGCGCUUUCUGCUAUUAAAUACACGGUUACAAUCUUGUUAUCAGUAAUUAAUAUUUUCCAUAAAUGUUUUACUUAAUAAGUAGCUAAAGAAUGUUCAGUCAAAAUUGAUGUUUGUUAUACAUGUGUAUAUAUUGAUUUUGAUUAAAAGUGCCACUUUAAAUGUUCAA